AUGGCCAGCACGGCCGUGCAGCUCCUGGGCUUCCUGCUCAGCUUCCUGGGCCUGGUGGGCACGCUGAUCACCACCGUCCUGCCGCACUGGCGCAGGACGGCGCACGUGGGCACCAACAUCCUGACUGCCGUGUCCUACCUGAAGGGGCUCUGGAUGGAGUGCGUGUGGCACAGCACCGGCAUCUACCAGUGCCAGAUCUACCGGUCCCUGCUGGCCCUGCCGCGUGACCUGCAGGCCGCCCGGGCACUCAUGGUCAUCUCCUGCCUGCUCUCCGGCAUCGCCUGCGCCUGUGCUGUCAUCGGCAUGAAGUGCACACGGUGCGCCAAGGGCACGCCUGCCAAGACCACCUUUGCCAUUCUUGGGGGCGCCCUCUUCAUCCUGGCCGGCCUCCUCUGCAUGGUGGCCGUGUCCUGGACCACCAACGACGUGGUGGCGAACUUCUACAACCCACUGCUGCCCAGCGGCAUGAAGUUCGAGAUCGGCCAGGCCCUGUACCUGGGCUUCAUCUCCUCGUCCCUCUCACUCAUUGGUGGCACGCUGCUCUGCCUGUCCUGCCAGGAUGACGCACCCUACAGGCCCUACCCGGCCCAGCCCAGGGGUGCCACGGCCACUGCGGCCACCGCACCUGCCGCGCCUGCCUACCAGCCGCCGGCUGCCUACAAGGACAACCGGGCCCCCUCAGUGACCUCAGCCUCGCACAGCGGGUACAGACUGAACGACUAUGUGUGA